AUGGCAUCACCGGCACCCCAAAAGCCCACCGGCAAAAAACACGUCCGCCCCAAAGCCCUCGCGCGGAAAGCAUCCGUCAUCAUACCCUCUACCGGCGUGCGCAUCCACCGGACGUCGACACAGCUACCGCGCAACUACACGCUUGGCCGCACAAACAGCAACUCCACCACCUCCGCCGACGACACCACGCCGCUCCUCGGCGGCGUGCGGGGCGGCGGCGCGCAAGGCGGAAGAGGGGGAAGAGGAUGGGGGAGUGGUGCGGUAAUGAGCCUGCUCGACGGCAUGGUCGAGUUUUUCGGGAGCCAGAAGGGGCACAUGGUGCUCAAGUGCUCGUUUGGGUAUUUCUUGGGCAGCUUGGCUACGUUCGUGAGCCCGAUUGCGGCAAUGUUGGGGAAAUAUGAUGGAAAGCACAUGGUUGCAACAUGCGCAGUUUACUUUCAUCCCGCACGGUCUAUAGGCGGCAUGUUCGAGGCGACACUCUACGCUCUGUGUGCGUUUGCGUAUAGCACUGUUGUUUCUGUGGGGAGUAUGGGGCUUUCGAAUCUGUUUGCGCAGCUGGAUAUGAUUGAGCUUGGCCACGCGCUCGUCCUCCUUAUCUUCUGCGCCGGCGGUCUCGGCCUGAUCGGGUACACCAAGCAGGCCAUGGCCAGUCCCACCGUCAGUGUUGCCUGCUCCCUGGCCUCGAUUGCGAUCAUCACCAUCCUGACGAAAGAAGGAAAUGUCCAACGCGGCGGUUUCACGCUCGGAAAGAUCUACCAGGUCUCUACGAUUGUGGUUAUGGCUAUCUCGAUAUCUUUAUUUCUGGCACUGACACUCUGGGCCACCAGCGCCGUCACAGAGCUGCGGCAGCUGAUGAUCAAGUCGACCGACUCCUUCUCGGACAUGCUAACAAUCAUCACUCGCUCCUUCCUCAGCGGCACCGAAGAAGAGCUUCUCGAGCCGCAAUUCGUCAAGGCCUCCACCAGUCUCCGCACCGUCUUCGUCCCCCUCAUGAAGAACCUCCGCGAAGCCAAAUACGAGCACUACGUCCGCGGCACCGAGCGCGAAUACGUCCUCGAAAAGAAGAUCGUCGAGUGCAUGCAGCGCCUCGCACAACACAUCGGGGGUCUCCGCAGCGCCGCCUCCACGCAAUUCGGCCUCCUCUCACAGGCGCAAAAGCUCGCCGCCACCGCCAGCGCAGGCACGCCCGCGCCCGGGAACCAGCAGCGCGUCACGGGCGAAGGGCCACAACUGUUCACGCCGCCAGACCACGACUCGUAUCUUGCCGUGCCGGAGCCGCUUGAGUGGCCAGCGUCGGACGCAACGAGCAUCGAUACGCAGCAAGACCCGACGGCGCCGCUGACAAUCUUCGAUACGUUUAUAUUCCACCUGGGCCCGCCGAUGAAGUCGCUUGCGUACACGCUCAACCUGAUGCUCGAGGAGCUGCCGUUCUCGUCCUCGCACCCGAUCGCGUCGCACACCAUCAAGGUCAACCCCGCGUUCAGCGAGUCGCUCAAGAAGGCCGUGGAGCUGUACUCGGAGGCGCGCAUCGAGGCGCUCAACACGCUGUACAAGAGCGAGGCCGUGACCAAGGAGCGGCCGAUGGACGAGGCGGCCGACGUGGAGGAGAUUGCGGCCAGCUGCGGGUAUUUCAGUAGCUGUCUGCUGUACUUUGCUGAGGAGAUGGGCCGGUUUUUGAGUCUGCUGGAAGAGUUGGAGCAUCUGCAGAGGGAGGGCGGCAGGACGUGGGAGUGGCUCAAGUUCUGGAAGAAGCCGGCCGGUGCGAGGAAGCAGCGGAAUGAUGUGGAGGAGCUCGGGGCUUCAAAGUUGAAGGCGAGGAAUACAAUCCCGAAUGUGGCCCCAGAGGCGGAGGUACCGUUUACGUAUAAGCUCUGGAAAGCUAUGAGUGUGCUCCGCCGCGAUGAGAUCAAAUUUAGUAUCAAGGUCGGCGUUGGCGCCGCCGUGUAUGCGCUCCCCGCCUUCAUACCGUAUACCCGUCCUAUCUACUCCCACUGGCGCGGCGAGUGGGGACUUGUCUCGUACAUGAUCGUCAUGUCCAUGACGCUUGGGCAGACCAACAACUCUGGCAACCUUCGUGUUCUUGGCACCAUCUUUGGCGCCAUCUUUGCGCUCGUCGCCUGGGAGACAUUUGGCUCGAACCCGUAUACGCUCAGCAUCUUUGGCUGGCUGGUCUCAAUCCCGUGCUUCUGGAUUAUUCUUACAUGGAAGCAGGCAACCUUCGGGCGCUUCAUCCUGCUCACCUACAACCUUAGUGUUCUGUACGCCUACUCCCUCUCCAUGGCAGACGCAGACGACGACGACGACGAGGGCGGUGUCGACCCGGUCAUCACGGAGAUAGUACUCCACCGCUUCGUUGCCGUCACCGUCGGCGUCAUCUGGGGUGUCUUUGUCAAUGUCGCUGUCUGGCCCAUUAGUGCCCGCCAGCAGCUGCGCCGCGGCCUGAGUGUCCUCUGGCUACGUAUGGCGCUGAUCUGGCGCCGCGACCCCCUCAACUCCCUCAUCGAGGGCGAGAGCGAUAAGAAGUACAUGAACAUCCACGAAGAGCACGCGCUCCAGAAAGCGCUCCUGCGCCUCGGAACAUUGGUCGCUGCCGCGCCCCACGAGCUGCGUCUGAAGGGACCGUUCCCCGCGGCAGAGUACCAGAAGAUCCUGGCUGCGAACCAGGCAAUUCUGGAUGCAUUCCAUGGUAUGAGCGUUAUGAUCAUGAAGGACCCGAAAGCGAACAGGCGCGAGGCGGAUAUCUUAGAGUUUACAAUGAAGGAGCGCGUGGACCUGUGCGCGAGGAUCAGCCAUCUGUUUUAUGUCCUAGCGAGUUCUAUCAGGCUGGGCUUCCCACUGCCGGAGAGACUGCCGAAUACGGAUCGCGCGAGGGAUAGGUUGUUGGCGAAGCUGUAUGCAUAUAGGCAGCAGGUGAGGGGUACGGAGGGGGAGAGUGAUGAGGAUUUUGCGCUGAUUUAUGCGUAUGUCCUUGUCACGGGAAGGAUCUCAGAGGGGGUGUAUGAAGUGAUCCAGAUAGUUGAGAGGCUAUAUGGUGUUCUGGAGGAGGAGAUGCUGGAGAUUUAG